AUGACACCUAUGCUUUUCUUACGAGCUUUGGCGCCACUUAUGGCACUUCCAGACGUUAGAUUUAACGUAGUGAAGAGAAUUGAUGGAUGGUUGCAGCAUGUUAAGCUACAACGGCUAGCCAUGCAACUUUUGAUUCUUGUCGGUCUCAAUUAUGGUAAUGCAUCGGAUUCGCCUCAAGAAAAGUCGAUCCUCGCGCGGCUAUUGCAAAUGAGAAUGCUGAAGAAUAAGAAUAUCUUUUUGGUUUUUUUUGCUGAGAUAGAACCCUUCAUUAAGGUUACCUCUGUAUUCACAGUCGCAUUGCGAGAGAUGCUAAUGCGAAAGGAUGACUGCAACAUGCGCACGACAAUUCAGCUUUUAUUAGAAAAUGAGUUUGGACAUGUUAUGUCU